CGUUACACUACUCUAAUUCCGACUACGGACGCCGUGUCGGAGUCGUCAGAUUCGAAAAACAUACAAAACCAAGUCGAAGCUUUUAAAACCCUAAAUCCCCAAAUCGGGAACUGAGAUUCCGAUUCGAAGAUGUCGUCGUCUUCUCCGAGUGGAAGCGGUAGUGAUUUGACUGAGAGAAGAGGGAUCCCUGCCGCCAAAUUCAUCCAAGAUGUGGAGACUUAUCUCUCUCAGUCUGGUCUCGAUCCUAACUCUGCUCUCGCCUUUCACCAAGAAAGGCUUCAGCAAUAUAAAGUUGUUGAGAUGAAGCUUCUUGCUCAACAAAGGGAUCUUCAGGCUAAAAUCCCAGAUAUUGAAAAGUGUUUAGAGGUUGUUGCUACUUUGGAAGCAAAGAAGGGUACUGGUGAGGCGCUCUUAGCUGAUUUUGAGGUGUCUGAAGGAAUAUAUUCACGGGCCUGCAUUGAAGACACAGACUCAGUGUGUUUGUGGUUGGGAGCUAAUGUCAUGCUGGAAUAUUCCUGUGAAGAGGCUUCAGCUCUUCUGAAAAACAAUCUGGAAAAUGCUAAAGCCAGCCUGGAGGUUCUUGUAGCUGAUUUACAGUUCUUGAGGGAUCAAGUCACAGUUACUCAGGUAACUAUUGCACGUGUUUAUAACUGGGAUGUUCAUCAAAGGAGGGUUAAACAAGUUACCCCUACUGCUAUUGCUGUUGCAGAUUCAUGAACUAGAGAUCCAAAUUAUAAUCGUGUGGGCUUAAACGAGGUAAUAUGAUUAUUUGGACACCUUUUGCCUCAAUCAGGUUGUUUGUAACUCUUAAUCUUUGCUAUCUUUAUGAAAUUUGUGUUGCUGCGACAAACCUAUGAAUAGAACAUUAGCAUUGUUAUCAUCGCUUGCCUUCCGUUUUUCGCUACAUACCUGUGGAGUUUUGAGAUCAGCUUGUGUUCCCCGCUAUUGAAGUAUUACUUUUGUAAGGGAUGUUAGAGAUAUAUCAAACUAUUUGCAGAAUCUGGUGGUCUUGACUAAUGUCCCAACUUCCAAGUGUUCAGAAGAUAUGAUUCUAGAAGUAAAAGGAUGAGAAAUUACUAAAAGUCAAGUUGUGUCAUUUUCUCCGAAAUUUUUAUGUUCAAUAUUGGUGACGGCUUAUACUUUUGGUUAGCAAAAAGUGGAAAUGGGAAACAAAACGUGAUCAAAUCGAACCUUUUUAUCAGCUUUUCUCAUUUGUGCAUAUGCAUUUAAAGGAAUGAGAUUCAUUUUCUGAAUAUAACAUCUUUUCUUGUCACUGAUACGACGUUUUAUAGUAAAUCUUUUG